AUGAGAUCCACGACCCUUCUUUCCAUCACCGCCUUGGCCUCUACGGCGCUGGCCCAGCCGUUCGCUUUCGGCCACAACCAUCAUGCCCGUCACCACCAUGCUCGCAGGGCUGCCGCCGCCGUUGGGAAACGCGACAUUGUCACGGACUGGACCACUGAGUGGGUCACCGAAACCGUCACCGAGUACAUCGACAUGACCUCGACUGUCGUCAUCAACACCGCCACCACUCCUGGUCAGUUCUUCGAGGGUUCGUCGACACCCCCUGCAGCCCCGGCCUCUCAGCCCACCCCGUCGAAGGCCGCUGCACCGCCGUCAUCGCCUCCCGCGACGACCCCUCAGGCCUCUUCACCCCCUAGCCCUCCUGUGCAGCCGCAAACUCCUUCUCCUUCUCCUACCUCGGCUGCCCCCAAGGUCCAGCAGGCGCCCGAGGUAUCAUCGGCCGCCCCCAAGGCUCAGCAGACUCAGGAGUCGGCCACUCAGGUCCAGAAAGCACCUAAGACCUCCAGUGCCUCUACCAAUACGAAUAUCUCCUCGACUUCCGCCAGCGACAGCAGCAGCAGCGGCGCCAUGAGCUUCACGGGCCAGGUGACGCAUUACACCGUCGGCCUGGGCGCAUGCGGCUUUGACGACGCCGGCAAGGACAACAGUGAUUACAUUGUCGCCAUCUCCUCCGCUCUGAUGCACGGAAGCAACGGUGACCCCAUGUGCAACAAGAAGGUCAACCUCUCGUUCGACGGUCACAGCAUCACCGCCACCAUCCGUGACAAGUGCCCCUCGUGCUCUCAGGACCAGAUCGACCUCAGCGAGAAGGCCUUCAAGGACCUCGUCGGCGACCUCGGCAUUGGCAGGCAGGGUGGCGUCAAGUGGACCAUCUCUUAA